AUGAAGGUGAUGCAGUUUAGAGUUGGAGAAGAAGUCGAGGUCUUCUAUGUGGGUGGGGAAGUUGGUGGAUGGAUUCCUGCGACCGUUUUGAAGGUGGACGAAUCCGAAUAUUAUGAGGUAGAGACUAGGACGCAGUUGGAGAUAAAUAGGAUGAAAAUGCGUGUUGGAAGGGAUAAAAUAAGACCUUGGCCGUCUCCGGAGGAUGAUCAAAAUGAUCGGAUCUUUGAGGAAGGCCAAGUGGUUGAGAUACUUAAUUAUGACUUGUGGAUCACUGGGAUGGUCUGGGAAGUCCAUCAUCAUGGCACAGCUGGGACGAACAACAUCUCUUAUUCUGUCUUUUUCGUGAGUCCAUUUUUGAAUAAUUAUCCAAGAAGAUAUAAAGUGUCCAGGUCGCAAAUACGAGUACGGCGGCAAUGGGUGGAUGGGGAAUGGGUUCCUACGCCACCGCUACGUUUACAUAAUCAACAGGGUCUUUUUAUACCUUCAAUCAAGAGUCGAGACUUUUCCAGUGGGCUCAAAGACCAUUCCACAAUAGAAAGGAGGUCUGAAGAAAGAACUACUCUUCUUCAAUUAAGAGACAGUGGGGCUGAAGUUGAGGUUUUUGAGGAUUUUAUGAAUAAGUGGAUAUGUGCCACCAUUAAGGAAUUGCAGGGAAACCAAAUAAGAGUUCAAUAUAAUGUUUGGUCUUGGGUUAAAAAUUCCUCGCAUGAGAUUGACAAGUUUUAUGAUAUGUCUCGAGUAAGGUCGCCGUUGCCACCUAAGAUAAAAGAUGGGAAAAUCUCCCUUAAUUUGCACCAAGUGAUUGAAGUGUGGGACAGUGACUAUCUUACAUAUAGUGAUGGUUGGAGUCUGGGAGAGGUCUUGGAGAUAGGUUAUGUCAUGAAUGACUCAAAUCGUAUAUAUUAUUGUGUCAGCCAUCCAAGUCUGGGCUACAUAAAUGUGGAGGAAACUGAAAUAAGGAUUUGUCAAAAAUGGGAAAAUGGUCAAAGGUUUCAACCAUCGUCGGCUUUGAAUAUGGCACCGCCAUUAAAAAGAAGAAAAAUGGAGGAUGCUCAUUCAUUAAUUGGAGCUGAGGUUGAAGUCUACAGCUUUUAUCAUAAUGGAUGGAUUACGGUGACCAAAUUGGGAUCGGUUGGAAACCAAAUUGAGGUUGAGGCUAAGAUUAGGAGAAAAUUGUGGAGAAUAACUGUUGAUGCCUGUAGAAUAAGGUCACGACCAGCUGCGGAAAGAGAGAACAAUCGGAUUUUCAAGGAAAAUGAAGUAGUUGAAGUACGGUUAUUUGAUAGUAAUGUUUGGAAGAAAGGAGAGAUAUGGGAAGUACAUCAUGGUACAAGCUGGAAUAACCUAUUUUAUACCAUCAAGGUAGUGGACUAUUUGUACGAAGUGGUAAUCCACAAGGUAUCCAAGUCCCAAGUAAGAGUUCGUCAGAAGUGGAUGGAAGAAAAUUGGACAGAUUCAUGCAUUGAGCAGAUUAGGUCAUUGACAAAAGUGGUGGAUGAACAACAUAAUGUUCCCUUCCUAAAUCCUGCAGAAGUAGGAAUAUCAAAUGCGAUUAGGCCUAUAAUUGGUGGCUCAUCUUCUAUCAAUCGUAAGGCACGCGCUAAAACAGACAUUACAUGGGAGCAUUGUAAAAUUUUGGACCUCCCAAAUAGAAAGUGGAAGGUUCUUCAGUGUAACUAUUGUGAGCAGAUAUACAAAGGUGGUGGGAUUAACAGAAUGAAGCAACAUUUAGGUCAUCAAGAAAAGGGGGAUGCAACGCCUUGCCAAAAAGUUCCUGAAAGUGUUCGAGAUCAAAUUCAAAAUGAUCUUAACAUGGUUUCAGCCGGGAAGAAAGUAAAGCCAGGCAAUGCUUCAAAGAAGAUCCAAGACAAACAGGUAUGAAAAGAAAACCACAAAAAGUUACUACUUAAACUAUGUUUUAAUGCGUACUAAGUUUUGGUAGGUUGAGAUAUGUUAAUGCUCAAUUUCUAGCCAAUGAUAGGUUGCUUUAGUCAAGUUUUCUGUUGAGGAGUCAAGUUGGAAAGGAAUCAAAUAUUAUUUAAUCCUAUUCAAAAU